CAGCUUAACUGGGAAUGCCGUCGCGAAAAUGGACAUCCUAUUGAAGUAGCCACUCUCAUAUCUCGUAUUUGGCGACAAUGCCAGAAAGUGGAACCUACCAGCCAUUCCACACCAGCAACUCCGGAAGUACAUAGACCUACGGUAGAUGUAUCUUUCGUGAAUAAUCCAGAGCUGUCGGAUAUCCGAUUUACGGUCGAGGGCGAAAAUGUGUAUGCUCAUCGUAUUAUGCUUUACAAUGCUUCUGAACGAUUCAAAGAACUCCUGAGAACUCCAAAGGGAAACAUCGACAUCACUGACGUCUCUCACAGCACUUUCUUGGCGAUGUUACACUACAUCUACACCGGAGUCAUUCCGGAACUAUCCGUACAAGCGUUAUGCUGUUUAUAUGCUGCUGCCGAAAUAUAUGUGAUACCAGCAUUAUGUGCUGCAAUUUUGCGUGAUCUCGGACGGAUUCUUUCACCCCAAAAUGCUGCUUAUAUUUAUCAGUUUGCCAUCGUAAGUCUUCUAAAUAUCCUGGAAAAUACAUGA